AUGGCAGUUUUUGUUAGGGAGAAGGGCAAGCUCGGCUGCGCCUACUACAACUCCGACGAAGGCAACCUAUUUCUGCUUCAAGAGAUGUCGUGUGCUGAGCCGCUGCAGCUUAUUGAGACAAUCAUGGUCCAUGUCCAGCCCACAACAAUUUUACUGCCCCUCAAAACACCGGAUCCAGUGCUUCGCUUUUUUGAGCAGCACAAAACUACCGUGGACCAAGGUGGGUUGGUUUACCGCUGGGCUACGAUGUGA